AUGAAUCCUACAGAAAAUAAGAAAAAUUUAUGGAAAGAAGUUGAUGCAGAUGAAUAUCAGGUACAUGUUACAAUUUCUACUAUUGAUUCAACUACUGAAUUAUCAGAAGAGGCAGAUGAUAAAAUAGUUUAUAUGGAAGAUUUAGAAAAAAGAAAACAAAUAUAUGGAAUAUGUGGAGAAUGUAAUGAACCUGGCACAGGAGAAGAUUGGUGUCAACCUUGUAAUGCUAAAAGAUUUAAGGAUAACUUUAAAAAUUGGACUAGUGGAAAUAAACAUAUUGAUGAAUUUAUACAACAAUCACAACUUAAUGCUGUGUACUAUAGCAAAAAACUUGAAUGGAUACCUUUUGAAAAUUUUAAUGAUAUUAUUUAUAUUGCCAGAGGUGGAUUUGGUAAAGUCUAUUCAGCUGAAUGGCCUGAAGGAUAUAUUUAUUCUUGGGAUAUUGAAAAUCAAAAAUGGAAUAGGUAUGGUGAUAUGAAAAUUAAAACUCAUCUUCAGAUUUAUCUUUUGGAUGUUAUUCAAUGUUAUGGAAUAACUCAAGAUCCAAAUACUAAAGAUUAUAUGAUGGUUUUACGAUACUGUAAAAAUGGAAAUUUUAGAAAUUACUAUAUGAAUAAUGAAUCAAAUUAUUAUUCAAAAAUUGGUGAAUUACGACAAAUUGUAAGUGGACUUCUAGAUAUUCACAGUGCUGGAAAAAUUCAUAAAGAUUUUCAUUCAGGUAAUAUAUUAUAUUAUGAUAAUAGAAUUCCAUUUAUAAGUGAUUUAGGAAUGUGUCAACCAGCAAAUAAUGAAAAACAAUCAGCUAAACAAGAAGGAAUUUAUGGAGUAUUACCUUACAUGGCACCAGAAGUUUUACGUGGAUAUCAAUAUACAAAAGCAUCUGAUAUUUAUUCAUUUGGAAUUAUGAUGAAUGAAUAUAUAUCUGAAGAAACUCCUUAUAAUAAUAUUCCUCAUGAUCAUGCUUUAGCUAUUAAAAUAUGUAAAGGACUUAGACCAAAUAUUUUUAAAUAUACACCAAAAUUAUUUGCAAAUUUGAUUACUAAAUGUUGGAAUGCUAAAGCAGAAAAUAGACCAACUGCUAAAGAAUUGUAUCAAAUAUUUUAUAAAUGGGAUAAUUAUGAAUAUGAUGAUAGUGAUAUUAAAUCUAUUAAAUCUCAAAUAAGUGAAUAUGAUGAUAAAAUCGUAUUAAACAGAACAAUUGAAAAAAAAUCUAAAAACAUUCAAACACAUCCACAAGCAAUCUAUACUAGUAGACUUUUAAGUUUCAAGAACCUUCCAGAACCAGUAAAUUCAGUUUCAGAAGGUUUUGAUUGCCAAUUAGAUGAAUUGGAUCUUAAUGAAAUUAAUCAAGAUGAUGAAAACAAUAUUGAAUGA